GGCUUGUCAAUAGUAGUCGUAGAAGAUUCCAAAGCUGUCUCCUUCUUUAGUGUCCUCCUCCUCUCCCUCUACCAUUCAUCUCUCUCUCUCUCUCUCUCUCUCACUGUAAGAGUGAAGGCCAUGGUGAGCCUGUCGAGCCCAUCCACACCCGACCCGUCCGCGGCGGCGAGGCGGGGCCGGAGCCACAUCGCGGACACCAUUUCCUCCUACGACGGCAACGUCAUGCUCGCCGCCAUCAUCUCCCUCCUCCUCGUCAUCCUCUUCGUCCUCCUCCUCCACUUCUACGCCAAGUGCUUCCUCUCGUCCUCCUCACCCCGCCGCCGAAUCCUCCCUCCUCCUUCCUCCGCCGCCCUCUCCGCUCGCCUCCAGACGCUCACCCGCGACACUGCCCUCCUCUCGCCUAGCCCUGCGUCCAGGGGCCUCGACCCCUCCACCAUCUCGUCCAUCCCUCUCUUCGUCGCGCGGCCCGGUGGCGGGGGCGGGGGGAAAGACGAGGAGUGCGUCGUCUGCCUGGGCGGCUUCGAGGAAAACGACGUCGGCCGGAGGCUGCCGGAAUGCGGGCACGGGUUCCACGUGGACUGCAUCGACACGUGGCUCCGCUCCCGCGCGAGCUGCCCCGUCUGCAGAGAGCCAGUCGUCGCUAGCAUGCGCGACGAGGCGAAGAACAAGAACAAGCUGGCGGUGGCAGAGGAUGCAAAUUCGGACGACUCUGCGCAAGAGAGCAGAGACCCAACGGUUCAAGAAGAGACGGAUCCGAGCUCGACUGAGACUGUGAUCGACAUCCUCCCCGACGGCGGCGACGGCGACGCGGGCAGCCCGUCAUCGCCGCCGCCGGCCCGAGCUCAGCAAUCCACGACGAGCCUCGGGUGUUCGCUGAAGAGAAUGCUGAGCAGGAGCAGAGCAGAAAGCAAGAUUCACCCGUCGUCGGCAUCGUCGCCGUCAUCUGUCAACAUCAACGAACCGGAAUCAAACGCUUCAUGUUAAUGUCGUUGGUUCAUCCACCAAUCCGACAAAACGAGCCUUCCACGAUCCGACCACACUUCCUUUGCUCGAGUUCUCUCGAGGCCGGAUCAAGCUUUUAGUUUCCAACGGCACGUUCGUCUUCAGCCGGGUCGUUCAGGUUUGACUCCAUAGCCAUGGGAAUCACAUCAAGGUUACAUUAGGUGAGCUUCUUGCAUUAAUCUAAGAGGAAUCCGAAAAACCCACGACCCAAAAACCCAUGAUCAUGAGGUCAGACCUAGACUGUAAUCAUUUUCAAAAAAAAAAAAAAAAAAUCGAGUAAAUUAAGGGUGCAGUUGGACCGAACCGGACCGAGCAUCGUGUACAAUUGCGUUUGUGGUGUAAUUCGUAUGAUGAAAGUCAAUUUUGUCUUUAUCAA